GCGCCCAAAAGUAUGAAUUAAUUUCCAAGAUGGCGGCGGCCAGGGAGGAUGGCGCGGACAAGUUCUCCGUCUGGCUCUCAGGGAAACUUCAAGACUUGAACGUCGAUCACGAGGUGUACGGAACGUACAUCAGCGGCAUAUUAGACUCUGCAGAGACGGAGGAAGAGAAGAACGAGGCUCUGGUCGACUUCUUGUCUGAGUUUGUGGAGGAGGAUGUUGAGAAGACGUGUGACCAGAUCGUGCAAACAUGGCUGCGGCUGAGUGCUGAGGCGGCGGCGGUGGGCAGGGCGGACCAGCCCGACAAGAAAACUGUGGCCAGUGUGAUGGAGAAACAGGCGGCAACUAUAGUCAAGAAACAGGGCAAUGAAGAAAACGCUGCGACCAAACAGGCACUGUUAGCACAGUAUGCUGAAGUGUCCGAUGAUGAAGACGAGGGUUACAGCUACGCCGAUGACACCAGUAACAGUGGCAUGAUGGGCUUCAAGAACAUGAACAAAACUAACGUGCAGCAGGCAGAGAAGCAGGCCAGGGAGAAGGCAAAGGAGGAAGUACGAGUCAAAAGGGAGAAAGACAAAAUGCAACGAGAGAAGGACAAGCAGAAAGCAGCAGAGCGAAAGGAGAAGGAGAAGAAGCGCACACAGAAGGGGGAGCGGCGCAGAUAGCAUGAUCAGACUGGGUUUGUGGUGUGACAUUGUGGACUGUUACAGAGCAAAUACCAGUGAAGUCGAUGUUGUGUUGUUAAACGGUAAUGUAACUGUCAAUAUAGAUACCUUUAGGGCCUUUAUUUAACGAGUCCAAUGCCACAUGGACCACUUCUGGUCACUGAACUAAUGCUCACUGUAGCAGUAUCUCUUCUCCCUUAGUCAGAAACAUCAAGCUUUUAUAGCAAGCUCGACUGACUGACACAAUAGAUGAAGCAGGGGUUGCAAAGGCUGCUUGUGAGAAUUCCCUAACCUGUUUGGCCGGAAUGGCUUGACCUGUUCAUAUUCUUUUCGAUAGGCUUGUGUAACUUGUAAACACAUAUGGGACCCAAUUUCAAAGAAUUACUUGUGCAAGAUUUCAUUGCAUUGAACUUAAUGUUAGCAUGUACCUCAAUUAUUGCACAAUAUGUCAUAAAUGUGCCGCAGAAACUGCUAGAUUCUUAAAACUGAUUCCUAGUUGGUCUGGAGAACAAUGUGGUACCUCCCCUUGGUAUUGACUGUUAUUGUCAGUUACAUUGCCAGUGCUAUAGCAAAUAUGGCUUGCUGUGAUAGUUUGUAGAAGGCCUGAUACAGAGGAAACAUCUGCAUGGAUCUUAUUGUUGCACAUUAUAGGGCUCUGCAGUAGACCUCCCUUCGUGGGAAGGAAUGUAGAAAAUGCCUCGAUAAACCAUCUAAGGUAAUAUAUUAGUCUCUACCAGACUGACUACACUGACUCUUAUUGGGAGAAUAAUUUGCCAGGGGAGUUUUGCUACUAGACGAGGAAAAUUUAUCUUAGCGCAGAUCCACUCUCUAGGCCAAUUUCCCGAUUUUUUGGGCCGAAUUCUACGAUCCCAGUAUCCCCGAGGAAGGCCUGGUGAAGGCUAGUAUAGAUUGUAAUCAUUGAAAAAUAGUCAUGGACUGAUCCUGACCUUCCAUCACAAUUAGCCUGUCAGACCAAUGACAGUAUGGCAAUUAUCUAUUUGAAUAGUUAGAGAUUUGCUGCAUGCAUGUUUGUGAUAUUUGCAUUUUUAAGUUUUUAUUUUGCAUUUCUACAUGUACUUUAUGAGCAAGGUUGGUAGGGCUGUGAAAUCUGGCUAUUGCUUUUUGUAGGAUAUGCUGUUAUGGUUUCUAGGUUUCUGAAAUUUUAGAACAUGGUUGCGUUUUGUCUUUAUUUUUUCAAUUGAUUAAUGCAUAGCAAAUUGUAGUGUGUCUCAAACCACUCGUAUUGCAAUGAAAUAUCCCAUCACUGUAGAAUGUUACAACUAAAAUAAUGUAAUAUGCCAACACCUUAGAGUGACUUUUGUUGAUAUUUACUUCACUGCAUUGUCUUAUUUUUAUUGAGUCAUAACUAAUCUUACAAACUCAAAACAUCUCUGCAAAAAUGUUUAAUUUUUUUUUUCACAAAUCAAGAUUGCUGUGUCACCAUCUUAUUAGUCAACAUUACUCAAUCUGAUGGAAAGUUAC